AUGGCAGAUCGACCAAGGCGUGCUCAAAAAGCCCGCAAUGAAACCUCCAAGUCAAAAUCGCAACCAAAAGCUCCAAAAAUCCUAUACCAAAAAGAUGAAGGGCUAGCAAUUAAAGCAAAUAAUUCAUUCAGGUUCUGCAUCGCUCUAGAAGAUGUAUUAGCCAAAAACCAAUCAUUUCUGGCACUUACACUAAAAGAGGCGGGUCAAGAAAAUAAAUACCAGAAGCUUAAGGAAGAAAGAAUUCCUAUAGGUGACGUUAUAAUGGAGGCUGUGCUCAAAAAAGACGGGAAAUUUUUCAAGAUAACCAAAAAGCAGCUGCAAGACGUCAAAAAUACAUUUAAAACAAAAUAUAAGCAGCUCACAAUUGAUGGCAAAGAAGAUGAGUCAGAAGAAGAAGAGCAAGAAGAAAUUAAACAGCCUGUGAAGAAAAUAGCUAAAAAAUCAGCAUCGCCAAAGCCAAAAGAAGAAAAGAAAAAUGAAAAAGCUUCACCUGUUAAGAAAAAAGUAGAGCCAGCAGCAAAUGCAAGACUUACCAGAUCAAAAUCAAUAGAAGAGUCUCAAAAAACCAAAGUAGCAAAAAAGAAAUCUCCAGAGAAAAUUGUAAAGAAUGAGUUAAGUUAUGAAGAAGAAAGCGAGGAAGAGAGCGAAGAAGAAAAGCCAGCAGCAAAAACUCAAAAACCAAGAAGGGCAGAUCCGAUGGAUGAAGACUUCAGUGAAGAAGACGUCAAACCUAAAAAAAGAACUGCUGCAAAAUCUCAAAAAGCAGCAAAGCCUAUAAAAAAGGCUAAAAACCCAAAACUCCCCACAACCUACAAAAAAGGCAAAUACAAUCCAGCAGUCCAAGUCCUUGACUUUACCAAGCACAUGCUAGAUCCUUCAAACGAUCCAUUUUUCGACGUAUCCGUCCUAAUGAACAACAAAAAUCUCCACAGGGCUUGUGCAACCAACAACAAAGCUUUAUUUAAAAAACUUUUAAACUCAAAAGAAAAAAUUAGUUCAAUUCUAGCUCCAUGAAGUGCCGACUGCCGAGUCACUGGUUUAGAGCUUGCAAUUAUGAAUAAUAAUGAUCAAUUCGUAAAAGAAAUAGUCAAAGAAGUAAUAACCCCCACAAUAAAGCGCGCCCAUCCUCCUCAAGUUGGGAUAACCCAAGUAGGCACUGGAAGUGUAAGCAUUGAAGCCUAUGGGGUUAUGACGGUUCCUUCACACGAGGUCUACUCCAUAAAGACUAUUUUUUUUUUGCCUAUUUUUUUUUGGCCUAAUUUUUUUUUGGCCUAUUUUUUUUUUGGCCUAUUUUUUUUUGGCCUAUAGAAGUUUCCUAUGUUUGGUGCUGUAAGGCUGAUAAAUUCUGAUCGGAAUUUAUCGGUUGGUUGCACCAAAUCAAUGCCUUGGUCGGACCAAAAAGCGAUUUGGUCCGACGAACUUGGAAAGCUCCUGGGAAAAUGUCUGCGCUUUCAGCGCUAUAUAGAGGAAACCUCUAUAUUUCAUAACGACUAUUUUUUUUGGCCUAUGUUUUUUUGGCCUAUUUUUUUUUGGCCUAUUUUGUUUUGACCUAUUUUUUUGGACUUUUUUUUUGACUUUUUUUUGGCCAUUUUUUAGCUAUUUUUUACUAAUAUUUGGGCCUAAUUUCAUACUAAUGAUUUUAAUAUGACUUUUAAUGUAUUUUAAACGAUUUUAUUAACAUAAAAUACACCUUUAACAGAUCUCUUACUUCAAUAAUGCUAAUUCAUUGCUUUUUAAAUUUCGAGAAAUUUUAAAUUUAAUUAGGAUUUUUCCACUUAAUUUACUCAAUAUUAAUCGUGUAAGGAAAUACAUCCGUUACCCAAUAAUUAUUUAGUUCUCUCAGCAGCUUCAUGAAUUAUCCUCGACAGAAAAAAUAGAGACCCUAAAAAAAAUAGGCAAAAAUAAAUAGGCCAAAAAAAAAUAGGCCAAAAAAAAAAAUAGGCCAAAAAAAAAUAGGCUAAAAAAAAAUAGGCCAAAAAAAAAUAGGCAAAAAAAAUUAGGCCAAAAAAAAAUAGGCCCAAAAAAAAAUAGGCCAAAAAAAAAUAGGCCAAAAAAAAAAUAGGGCAAAAAAAAAUAGUCGUUAUGGAGUAGACCUCGUGUGAAGACACGGGUUAUGACAAGAAAAGUUCAGAUGUCUCGAGGGGGAAGAGAAGGAAAUAAUGCAUUUCUUGGGGAUAUCCCACAGAAUGAUCAUAUAAAUCAACUUGUUUACGAUGUGAAGUGGCUAGAAAGGCUAUAUUUAAGUAACUGCUCAGAAAAUAUCCUGAACUUAUUGAGAACGAUGAUUCCUAACUUUGAAAAUACUAUAUGUGGUACUGUUGGUGAAUGCGUGCGAGCCGGCAAUAUAGCACUUUCUUCGUACUUAAUGGCCCUUGCAAUAAAAAAUGGUGGAUAUGGCUUUAACAUGCUCCAUGAAGAAGUUUUUAAAGAUGGCCCACUGUCUCCAUUCAAAAAGGUUUCCAUCACCAAAAAGCCAAUAAUGAAUUACUUAGUUGCUCCACUCCAUUGUGCAUGCAUAAAUCCUGACUCCACCCACCUUAAAGAGUUGAUCUCACAAUGUGAUGACAUUAAUUACCCAGACAUGGAAGGCAGAAAAUCCAUCCAUUACGCAGCAGCUUGUACCUCUGCAGAGCCUCUCAAAGUUUUGCUUGAUCAUGGAAUGAACCCAAAUGAUAUGAGUCGAGAUAAAAUGACUCCUUUAAUGGUAGCUGCUAAACUAAAUAGAGUGGAAAAUGCUGAAAUUCUGCUUGGAAAAGGAGUAAAUGCUAAUAUUAAGGAUAAAAAAGGAUAUGCUGCUUUACACUAUGCAGCAGAAUAUGGAUGCAUUGAGAUGAUAAAAUGUUUACUUGAGCAUGGAGCCACUGUAGAUCAGCCUGGCCCUGACAGAAAGACCCCAAUGAUGCUAGCAUCAGUCCAGGGACAUUUUGAGUGUGUUCAAGUACUCAUUGAUAACAAAGCUAAAGUUCUUAAAAGAGAUAAAUGCAGAAGAACUGCAUUAACCCUAGCAGUGAAAAACGGCCAAGCAAAGGUUGUUAGCCUUUUAUUACAAAACGGCUCUGAUUUUAAUGACCCAGACUCGUCUAAAAAUUAUCCAAUUCACUAUGCCGCUGCUUAUGGCUGGAUAGAGUGCAUUGAUUUAUUAAUCCAAGCUGGAGCUGACAUCAAUGCAGUUAAUGACUGAAAGCUGCAGCCUCUAUUAGUAGCAAUGCUAAUGGGGCAAACUGGCUGUGUUGACAGACUUUUAAAAGAGCCAAACUGUGAUGUAAACUGUAAAGAUGAAGAAGGAAGAACCCUGCUUUCUCAAGCCAUAGAAAUGCUUUCUAUAGAAACUUUAUCUCAGAUCAAGUUUUUAUUAAAAGAAAAAGGAGCUGACCCCAAUAUUGCUGAUCGAAAUGGUAUGACUGCUUUACAUUAUUUGUGCAGAAAAGGAAAGCCUGUUUGCCAGAUUCCUAAUUUGACUCCUUAUGAAAUAAAAGACUGGGAAGAUCAAGCUUCAGACUUCCAACAUGAAGCCCUUGAGCUGCUUAUUGAGUUUGGCGCUGACGUGAAUUUAAAAUGCAAAAGCGAAAACACUCCUUUACUAUAUGCCCUGCAAGCAAAAAAUAUCAGAAUCUUCCAAGCAUUGAUACAUAAAGAAGCAGAUUUAGCUAUUACUAGCAAAAACGGAGGAGGAAUUUUCCAUAAAUUAGCCUGCUUGGAUACAGAUUUUCUGGGAAUGUAUCAUCAGUUGCUAAAUAUGCCCAGAGUUGUAAGUGCUGCGAUUGAUAUUGUUGACGAUAAUGGUUUUACCCCAUUUUUAAAGCUUAUUGAUGAAUUUGCUUCAAAUCAUUCAACUGCUUGGCAAAAGAUAUAUGACUUAGAAAGAAAAAUAAUGACGAAUGAGCUGGAAGAGCAAAAGAAAAUAGCAAAAGGCGAAAUGCUGGUGGAAACAGCUUCACCAAGUAGACCUGCAGUGCAUGGGAAAAUAAGUGGAAAAGGACCUUCUAAGACUAUUAAGCAGCCUGUUCCUGAAUCAUCAGAAGAAGAUGAGGAUGUGGAUUUUAGUGAUAAAGUUGUGCAUGGAAAAAUAACUUCAAAAAGGCCGGCGAAGAGUAUUAAGAAUGCAACAUUUAUUAAUAAUGAAGACUUUUCUCAAGGCCUUGCAAUGCUCUCAGAGGGGCAGCUAAAUCAAACUCAGUUUUCUCAAGUCCCUGCAAUGGCUAUAGGGGGACAAUUUAAUUUAGUUCAGACUCCUACAGACCCUGCUAUGGGUUUUCAAUCAAAUCAAGCUCAGCCUACGCUUUUCUUCCAAAAUUUUAACUCUGAGGCUAUAAAUUUAAAUUACCAAGAACUUGAAAGAAGGUCCAAAGAAAAAUUCGCAGAGCUAGUAGAGAUAAUAAGAGGAGUCCUUGUCGAUCUUAUAAACCACGGAGCUAACCCAGCUGCUACAGUUGAAAAAUUGCUAAAAUACAAAGAAAAUCCUGACCUUAUUUAUCAAGAAGAAAAAGAAAGCCAGAUUCAAGAUGCUGGUGGCGUAUAUAAUAGGUAUGGGCAAUCAGAACAAAGGAAAUUUUUUAUUACUGAUAUUGAUGGUACAAAGAAAUAUAAAGAGUACGGAGACAAAGGCCAGCAAAAUGCUCUUCACCUUAUAGCGAUGAAGCCUGAAAAGCCACUUCUAGACUUUCUGCUAUCUCUGCCUAUCCCUAUUAAUCAAAGAGAUUUUUAUGGUGAUACUCCGCUUAUUCUAUUUGUGAAAGCAGUCCAACACGUAAGUGCUAUUAAAACUUUGAUAGACCACAAUGCAGACCCAAAUAUAUAUAACUGCGAAAAUGAAGGCCCUCUAUUAAAAGCAAUUCAGCAUAAUUUGCUAGAUAUAAUAGAUCUGCUUAUUAAGAAUCGGGCUAUGAUAGAAGUCACCUCAAAACUUGGGAAAACUCCACUGACGUUAGCAGUAGAAAUGAAAAAUGUAAAAAUCGCUAGAAAAUUAUGUGAGGCAGGGGCCAGUGUGAAUUUUAAAGACCCAAAAGGCCGCACAGCUCUCCAUAUUGCUAUUAAUUCUGCAGAAGCUACCUCAGACGCAUCAUUCGACAUGGAGUCUCUUUUGCUCCACUUUGGAGCUAACAUAAAUGCAGUGGACAACCGAGGAAGAUGCCCAUUGCACUAUGCUUUUGUAAAAAUUGGGAGACCAUUUGAUAAAUCCCAGAUAGAUCCUAUUGAAACUGUAAGCUCAGCUUGCUCAAGAUCAGACAUCAACGUAAAUAUCCAAGACCAGUGGAAAAAGACACCACUCCAUUAUGCUGCACAAAGGGGAGCACUGACAUCAACCAUGUUUAUGCUAGCAAAAGGAGCGAAAAUUGAUACAGAAGAUGAAGAUGGAAACACCUCUUUAGGAAUUUCUAUUAAAUUUGGCCAUGCAAACUAUGCAAUUAUGCUUAUACAAAAAGACGCAAAUGUGAAUAAGCUGCUAAUAAUUAAGCCAGCAGAAGAAAAAAAUGAAGAAGAAGUAGAAGAAAACAGGCUCGGGCUUUUUGGAGGAGCAAGAACCAAACAAACAGCGCGAUCAGGUAUGUUUGGAGGAAUGUCAAGGGCACGACCUACAAAGCCAUCCACAAACUCCUCACUACCACAAGGCACUUAUUCCAUGUUUCGAGCUGCUAUAAUACAAGGUUGGCAAGGUGCUGCUUAUUUAAUGCUAUACAAUGGCUAUCCUUAUAUGCUAGCAAUGCAAGACGCGAUGAACGAAAUGAAAUUUAAACUAGUCAAAACUCUGCUUGCCAAGGUUGGGGACGACAAAAAGCUACAGGAAAUAAAUGAGGAUGGGCAAAAUCUUUUCCAUACAUUAGCCAUCAAAGGAUCUGCAGCUGACCAAGAAAUCACACAAAUUAUAUGUGAUGAAUUAUUUGAAAGAGGAGUUGACUUAUUUGCAGUUGACAAUAAAGGCAAAACACCUCUUCAUUAUGCUGCUGCUUCUGGAUAUCGCUCAUUGUGCCAAUUUUUAUUAGGAAAAGGCUCAAAUCAUGCAUUGCCUGAUAAUAAUGGAAUUGUGCCAUUAGCAUAUGCAUUGCAAGGAAGCAAAAUAUUGACAUCAGAACAAAUGAUCUUGAUUUUCAGAGGAUAUGGGGCAUCCUUGUCUUUUACUUUCAGAGAAGACGGAAUUGAUCUGACCCCAAUUCUUCAUGCAAUCUCUCAGAAAGGCCCUCCGAGGUUAAUAACUUUUCUACUGCAAAAUGGAUGCUCUUUAACUGAAGUGGACAGCUUACUUCCACCUUUAAAUUAAAAUAAAAAAUCUUUUAAAGGUGGAGUCAAUUUUUGAUUAAAAAAAAAUUAUAAUAAAAUUUUUUUAAUUUUUAUAAAAAUAUUAAUUUAUCCUUUAAAAUAAAGUAAGAUAUAGAUAUAUUUUCGAUUCUACACAUUAGAAUAGGUAUCAUAUCUAUUGAGAUAGAAAUUUUUUUAUAUAAAAUUUUCCCAGUUUAAAAAGUUAAAUUUUACUUAUAUUUUUUCCAAUUUAACUUGGGAAUUAGGAAGGAAUGCAGUGAUGCUAGCUAUAAUCAACAAUGAUAUAAAAAUGGUAGAAGCACUAAUUAAAGAAGGCUCACUUGACAUAAACCAUUCUGAUAAGAAAGGACGAAACGCAGCCCACUAUGCUGUGCAGCCUUUAGAAUAUGGCUCUUAUGAAAAUAUAGAUAUACUAAAACUCCUUAUAAGCUCAAAGAUAAACGCAGGGAAAUUUGAUAAUGAAGGAUGGUCACCAUUCUGUCUGGCAGCUUUACAAAGGUCAAGAAGAAUGGCCAAGCUGCUUGAAGCCCACAGAUUCAAGGUUUCAGAGUACCCAGAACGAAGACUUUCUGUUUUUGAGCCCAGCAUGGAGGUGGACUAUGAAAAAGACGCUGAGUCAUAUCUACAAAAGCAGUCAGAGCUUGUUAAAGAAGAAAAAAUAAAGAGACUUCCAGACAACACACAGGACUUCCCUGACUAUUAUGAAGUGGUUGACGACUAUGACUUAUACAUGACCAAGGUAGAUCUUCAAUAUGGCCCUUACUCUCAAUAUCUUUUCUAUAGAAUGCAGUUAUUGCAUGACACAAAUAGAGAUAACUAUAUCAUUUUCACCAGAUGGGGAAGGAUUGGAGAAGUAGGAGCUUUCCAGAGGACGCCUUUUGCUGAUAGAAAUGAAGCAGAAACAGAGUUUAAAAAGAUUUUUAAGUCAAAAUCUGGCAAUGAGUGGAGAGAAGACUUUGUAAGAAUUAAAGGAAAAUAUGUAAAGGUUGAAUUCGCGAAAAAGAAAAUAAGUCAUAAGGACUUUAUUAAUGAUUUUGAUUUAGAAAGAGCUCCAAAUAGCAAUUUAGUUGAAGAGCUGCAAGUAGCGGUAAAGCAUUUUACAAAGAAUUCAAUAUAUAGAAGCUAUUUUGAUCAGUCAGGAAUUGAUGUCAACGUUCUCAACUUUUCUUCAAUAUCAAGAGAAACUAUUUUAGAAGCUGAAGAAAUUAUAAGGAAAAUUGCUGUUUUGGUUGGGGAGCUCAGAGAUUCUCAGGAUGUUGAUAAAAAUCUAGAUAUCAAACAAGAAAUUUCUGACUUAUCAAGCAGAUAUUAUGAAUUAAUACCAUCUCCUGGAUUUGAGCACACUGCAGUUAGCCCUAUUUUAGCCCCUUUAGAUGUUAAAGCCAAACUUGAUACUCUUGACAGCUUAAAAAACAUCCAAAUUGCAAGCAAAAUUAUUUUGGGUGCCAUUAACAGUCAGGAUUCUAUCAAUCCUCUUGACUAUACAUAUCUUGCCUUGAAUACAAGCUUAAACCUUGUAGACUCUAAAAGUCCAGAAUUUAACGUUAUUGAGAAAUAUAUGAAAGCAGGAAGAGGCGAUGAUACACAAAUUUUAGGCUUGUUCCAGGUAAAUAGAAGAGGUGAAGCUGAAAAAAUAGAAAAAUUCAAAAAUAUAGAGCAAAGAAAGCUAUUAUGGCAUGGAACUGGAUCAGCGAAUAUUAUUGGGAUUUUAACUCAAGGACUAAGAAUUGCUCCCCCUGAAGUGCCUAAUAUGGGCUGGAUGUUUGGAAAAGGUGUAUAUUUUGCAGACAUGUUUAUGAAAAGCUUGGGAUAUGCUCAUUCAGAAGCUGGAGAUACAAGCUUUUUCAUGCUUUUGUGUGAGGUUGUGCUUGGGAAGACUUAUGAUAGAUAUCAAUCUGAAUAUGUAGAGAAACUUCCUGAAGGGUUCCUUUCUACUCUUGGGAAAGGACAAGAAGGCCCAGACUGCACUCAGAGUAUCUAUUUACCAAAUGGUGUCGAAGUACCGCUUGGCCCUAUUAUUGAACAAGAAAAGCCUAAUAAUGAGCCAUACUGGAGUUUAAAUAUGAACGAAUAUAUCGUUUACAACACUGAUCAAAUAAGAAUCCGCUACCUGCUGCAUUUGAAAUCAGAGCAGCCAAUGUGGUAA